UUUACCAUCUGAACUAGACGACGUGUGCGCUGCUCCUCAUGUGCGGCUCAAACGAAUGCUAAAAAAAAAUUGAUAGGUAUUUUUUUUCAGAUCGCGCUAAAAUACAGCCGGGACAUGAAGGUUUCUGUGUUAGCUGAUCUCUCCGAACAACACAAUUCAACCUGUGGAUAGAGUGGAGCGCGUCUGUGACCACCGGCCAGUCUCCGGAUAUCUGGGACUCUCUCUAGCCUCUAGCCCGCUGUGCAGCGCGCGUCUUUUCCCUGUUGGCUCCGGUCUGUGUUGGAAGAGGGAUCCGGUGUUCCGUUUGACCUAAGCUGAGAGCAGGUAUUCAGUUUAUGAAUGGCACUGACAUGGAGGAAAUACCGUUUCAGAAAGUCAAAACCAGGCGGAAGAGAAGUCACUGUCCAACGGGCGUCCCUUUGACCGUCAUCGCAUGUGAGGACGAAUUCGACUGCAAGGAGCUCGAGUCCCUCUUUCAAAACUACAACCUGAAGCUGGAGCAGACGUCCACUCUAAAAGCCCUGGCCGUCCUCAUCUUCAUGUCGUCGACACUGGCCUUAGUGGAGUUGCUGUCCGGCCCCAGCCUCACCAUCUCCAAGGGGUCCCAUCCGGUCCACUGUGUCAUCUUCGUCUCCCUGUUCAUCGUAACUAAUGUCAAGUACCUGCAAGUGACUCAGCUCCAACAGAUCGUCAACCUGGCAUUGCUCUUCGGCUUCACUUUCUCCUUUCUCUGCUGUCCCUUCUCGCUGGGCGCGAUAGGGAUAGAGCCCCCCACGUCCCCCGAGCAGGGCAUGUGGCAGCUGAUCCUGGUCACCUUCGUCGCCUAUGCACUCCUGCCUGUGCGGACACUGUUGGCAGUUGUGUUUGGAAUAAUGGUCUCCGUCUCCCAUUUGAUUGUGACUGCCACUUCUGUCACAGCAAAAACACAGAAACUAUGGAGGACGUUGGUUGCCAACACAGUGCUGUUCACCAGUGUCAACCUGUCAGGGCUGUUUGUGCGCAUCCUGACAGAGCGAGCCCAGAGGAAGGCCUUCCUGCAGGCUCGCGGCUGCAUCGAAGAGAGACUCCGCAUGGAGGAUGAGAACGAGAAGCAGGAGCGCCUGCUAAUGAGUCUGUUGCCCAGGAACGUAGCUAUGGAGAUGAAAGAGGAUUUCCUGAAGCCCCCAGAAAGGAUCUUUCACAAAAUCUACAUCCAGCGCCAUGACAAUGUCAGCAUCCUGUUUGCAGAUAUAGUGGGUUUCACCAGCCUGGCCUCUCAAUGCACAGCACAGGAACUGGUUAAACUGCUGAAUGAGCUGUUUGGAAAAUUUGAUGAGCUUGCCACGGAGAACCACUGUCGCAGGAUUAAGAUCCUUGGGGAUUGUUACUACUGUGUGUCUGGACUGACCCAACCCAAGGCUGACCACGCCCAUUGCUGCGUAGAGAUGGGUCUGGACAUGAUUGACACCAUAACGUCAGUUGCCGAAGCCACUGAGGUCAACCUAAACAUGCGCGUGGGCUUGCAUACAGGUCGGGUGCUUUGUGGAGUACUCGGCCUCAGAAAAUGGCAAUAUGAUGUUUGGUCGAAUGAUGUAACACUGGCCAAUGUGAUGGAGGCUGGAGGACUACCUGGUAAAGUUCACAUAACCAAAUCUACGCUGGAGUGCCUAAAUGGAGAUUAUGAGGUGGAGCCUGGAAACGGUCACGAAAGGAAUGCCUUCCUCCAAAAACAUGAAAUUGAAACCUUCUUUAUAGUGCCAUCCCACCGAAGGAAGAUAUUCCCAGGAUUGAUUCUUUCGGAUAUAAAGCCCGCCAAAAAGAUGAAGUUCAAAACUGUGUGCUACUUACUAGUGCAGCUUAUGCACUGCAGGAAGAUGUUCAAGGCUGAGAUUCCCUUCUCCAAUGUCAUGAACUGCGAGGACGGUGAUAAGCGAAGAGCAAUGCGAACGGCUCCUCAGAAGCUGAGGAACCGUCCCAAUGCGAACCAGGCUACUGUGAUCCAGAGCAGUCCCAGAACCCGGGUCAACCGCUACAUCGGGCGUCUGAUCGAGGCCCGCCAAACUGAGUCUGACACGGCGGAUCUCAACUCCCUCACACUCAUGUACAAGUGCCCUGAGCGCGAGACGAGGUACCACCAGGUUCCUGAUGAGUACUUCACCAGCGCUGUGGUUCUCUCCCUGAUCCUAGCUGCCUUGUUCGGCCUUGUCUAUCUUCUCAUCAUACCACAGGGUACAGUGGUACUUGUCCUUCUCGUCUUCUGCAUCUGUUCCCUAGUAGCUUGUAUCAUGUACCUGCAUAUCGCUAAAGUACAGUGUUUUCCAGGGUGCCUGACCAUUCAGAUUCGCACUGCUCUCUGUAUUUUCAUAGUAGUGUUAAUCUACGCUGUGGCCCAGGCCUGUGUGGUCGGCUGUAUGCCCUGGUUGUGGAUAGGUGCCAACAACAACAGCUCCAUCAUCAUUGUUGAUUCCGACAUCGCCAACCACACCAUGGAAGAGCUGCCUUGUGAUGGUGCCCGCUACGCCUUUCUGUCCUGUGUAGUAGGCACACUCACCCUGGCACUUUUCCUGAGGGUCUCCUGGCUGCCAAAGAUGAUGCUAAUGCUCCUUCUGGGGGUGCUGUAUGUCACUGUGUUGGAGCUCAGCGAAUUUCGAAAGAGUGAAGGUGGGGGGUCCUUCCACAUCCGGGGCUACGAGCCCAUCCUGUCUCUGUUGCUCUUUGUCAGUGCUCUGGCCCUCCACUCCAGACAACUUGACCUCAAACUGCGCCUGGACUUUCUAUGGGCUGUGCAGGCGGAGGAGGAUAGAGAUGGGAUGGAGAAAGUCAAACUGGACAACAGGAGGAUUCUCUUCAAUCUCCUGCCCGCACACGUGGCUCAACACUUCCUGUUGUCCAACCCCAGGAACAUGGAUCUUUACUAUCAGUCCUACGCACAAGUUGGUGUCCUAUUUGCCUCAAUCCCAAACUUCAACGAUUUCUACAUCGAACUCGAUGGCAACAACAUGGGAGUAGAGUGCCUGAGAUUACUGAAUGAAAUCAUUGCUGACUUUGAUGAGCUCAUGGAUAAGGAGUGCUACAAAGACAUCGAGAAAAUCAAAACCAUUGGCAGUACUUACAUGGCAGCUGUGGGCCUAGUCCCCACCGUUGGUGACAAGGAGAAACAAUCUGUUUACGACCAUCUGAGCACAAUAGCAGACUACGCCAUCGAGAUGUUUGAUGUUUUAGAUGAAAUCAACUAUCAGUCAUACAAUGAGUUUGUGUUGAGAGUGGGUAUCAAUGUGGGUCCAGUGGUUGCAGGGGUGAUUGGAGCGCGACGACCUCAGUACGACAUCUGGGGGAACACAGUCAAUGUGGCCAGCAGGAUGGAUAGCACUGGAGUACCGGGAAAAAUACAGGUGACUGAAGACGCAUUUCGGCUGCUAAAUACCAACUAUGACCUGGUGUGCCGUGGCAAAGUGAGUGUCAAGGGGAAAGGUGAGAUGCUGACAUACUUCCUGGAAGGCAAGGUUCAGGGAGUGGGCACGGUAACCACCUCCUCAGUGGUGCGUUCUGCCAGCCUGGCACGGCGGAUCCACUCCUGUGGCAAGACUAGCGUCCCGACCAAUCUGGGCCGCGUCUCCUCUGCUGCCAGCCUGACCGCUAAUGCCAGCGUGAGCAGCAACAUACAGAUGAGCACUGCCAACAGCAGCAACAGCCAAGCGUUAUGCCUGCCCUCACCCUUUGUGCCCGCCGUGGGUGAGGAGGAUGAGGAGGACAUAGAGGUGACACAUAUUGAGAUAGAGGCUGUGGCAGCUGUUGCAGAUGAAGCAGUGUAGAAAGAAAGACAGGAAUACAAAUACUGCAUACAAUAAGGAAAACCCUGGUUGGAAGCCUAAAGAAGACAGGGCUGUCCAGGUAUGUCCUUUAAAUCCUGAGCUACUGGCACAAAUCAGAAUGUGCUCAUUCAGGAUAUGAACUUCUAAAUAAAUGAUAUGGUGAAAUGGACAAUCAUGCUCGCUUUUAGGGAUUUGUAUCAGCUUCCCACUCAUGGAAGUCACACAGAAAGACAUCCGAAAUCUCAAAUCCUCUUUCUAACAUCUCUAUAACAGGUGAUUUGAUUUGUGUUGUUCCUGGGAUCCCCUCAAAUCCAGGCAUAAUGUGCAUCUUUGUUUUCUAUAUGGAGCAUAUACCAUGUACAAGAGAUAUGUGCAUUGAUAUCCAGAAAAAGACUGAUCAUGCUAUUGCUUUUGCACUGUCUUUCUGAUUAUGCCAAGGAUACAUUGCAUUAUUUACAGUGUAAAAUGGUGUUGUUUCUUUUUGGUGUGUGUAAGCAUGCAUGUGUGUACUUGUGAGUGUGUGUAUGCAUGUGUGGUUUAUUCUGAAUUGUAACAAAACAGCACAAAGUAUUUUUUAUAUUCAGAGCACACUGGACUAAAUAGGCUUUUUUGAGACAUAUUUACAGGUAAUACUGCAUGACUUUGUAAGAGCCGACAGCCAUAGUAACGGUACUCCUGUCGACAGAGAACCAAAGUAUUGAACUUUCUAUCAAUCUUUAGUUUUACUGCUCAUACUGCAUCAACAUGCAAGAGGAAGAGAACAUGUUGUAGCAGGUUGAACAAAUUGGCAUAUGUGACUCUUUCAGGCAUUAUCAGUAGACUUAAAAAGUGUCUUUUGAACCCCAUGGAGAAGUAAUUAGGUUUUCUGAUUAUCUGAUACCCUGAUUCCCGAUAGUUCAACAUAAUAUGGCAAGACAUAAUGCACUGAGUUGUAUGUGUGCUAUGGAAACAAGUGAAUGCAAAAACAUCACAAUGUAUGGUGCAAAUACAUCUGUAGAUAUCCAGGAAGACAUUUAUCAACACAGAAGAGAUCACAAACAUUGCUUAAGCACAUCCAAUAAGGACACAGCAUCAAGUGCACAACUUAGUCCUUUAGCUUAAGCCUUUCAAACGCUCCAUCUCCAUUGACACAGUAUCUCUAGACCACAGAAACUUUGGUGCAGGGUCAGGCUACCAGCGUCUAUCAGGCACACAUACCGUUCUAUGGCUCUUUUCUAAUUUUCAAACCACAUUUAGAGUUUUCCUCUGAAAAAUAUCAGCUUUAGCAGCAAGUCUCCCAGAUACUCCCGUUCUCAAAAAUGUGAGGAACUUCAAAUAGCUUUGUAGCCUGUAUCUUUAUCAGCAUUCAAUUUUUACUUGAUCUGGGAGUGUAAAUACAUCCUGUUUCAAGUUUUUUGCCUUACUCAAUAAGCUUACAGUGAUUGCAACCUGCCUUUUUAGAUAUAUUCACUUUGAUAUGCAGAUUAUACUUUUUGUAAAUAGCCAAAAGCUGUAAACUAUGUUGUAUCUUGUACAGUGUAAAGUUGGGUUAUUGAAUAUUUUGUAAUAAAGACAAUAUUGGUGUAUAAAAUAACAAAAAAGUAUGUAUAUAAAGAAGUAGGUGUUUGGAGGUAAAGUUGUUUAUUUGAUUUUUUGGAUGAGCCACAUCAGGAUUUUACAUUUUGUCCCUCAAACGCAGCACAGCAAACUAACAGCUUGUAACAAAUAUAACUUUUUAUUGGGAGUUUAUCGUGUAACUUCAACUCUAUAACAUUUUAUUUCUCACACCUUAGUUUAUGACUCUCAAAAUAAUAAUUUUUAAUCCAUGCAGCAAAAUAUGGCAGAUAAUUACAGGUUUAUUUUGCCCAACGGUGGGCUUCCACCGUCCAAAGCCAGAUGAAUGUCAACAUGUCAAAGACGAACUGAGCGGGGGCCAAAUGUGUUUUCCCAGCGUUAAUGUAGAAGUUGUCUUGGGUUCACUCAGUGUAACAGUUAAGUCAACAAACGCCUGGCUUGCUCAAUCAUGUUUAGUCCAGUACAGUAUUCAAAUACUUUUAGCUUGGGAAUUAAGUAGAACAAAUUCUGGAUUGUUUUUAAACAGUUGUGAUGAAUUUUAACAUUUAUGUAUCCAGAAGGAGUUCUUACUUUACCAGAAAAAAUACUUUAAGUACAGCUGUUGUUUUCAUUGUCACUGUACAAAUUCCAUGACUUCAAGCUGAAGUGGACAUGAAGCACUGAAAGGAAUUCAACGUGAAUGAAGUAACACAAAUAACCCUCCCCCUUGUGUCAUCAGUACAAAAGAGGGUCAAGAUGAGUAAUUCAGGUUCAGGCAUUCCAUAUUGAAACAAUUUCAAUACCACAAAAACAGUUUGUUUUACCUUUUAUGAUUUGUUUCUUACCAAGUAGGUGUCCUGGAUAAAAAGAGGAAAUAAAAACAGUGAUUUAAGUUAAUUAACUCAUGUUAGGUUUAUGAGCUGUUGCUGAUCACAAGUCUUUCUGAAUUUACUGAAUUUUUAACCCAAGUAAAUAUUCAUUAACUAUUCCCCUAUUAGCUGAAACUUGAAUUAUGUUUUUCUUUUAAGCAACAAUUCAGUUUAUAUGUUUAUAUUAAACAUUUUACUCAAAUCCCUUGUGUUUAUCCUUAUCACUGUUUUUUUAUGGAAGCAUUGGCACAGGUUACAUUGCUUCAUUUGUCACAAAGGAUAAGCAUUUCCACCUGUCAUCUGUCUGCAAUCAAGCCUUCACACCUGAUUUGAAUGAUCAACUAAUGACAACCUACAAUCAGGAUCCUCACAUAAAAGGACAGCAUACCAAAUGUAAGUUUAAAGACACAUUUUUAUAUUCAUUUAUAAAGAAGGUGUUCUGGUAAUUCUGCUGUGUAUAAAAAUAAUGUGGGAACAGAGGCGACGGCUGGAGUCCAUAGAGGAAGAGUCAGAGCAGGAAGAUGAAAUCGAAGCAAGCAAAAGUGGAGAAGAAGUGGAGGAGGAUUUCCAAUUUAAAGUGGGAGAAGAGACAAAAGAGGUAAUGACAGAUGAAGAGAGCGAAGAAGAUGAAGAUGAAUGUGCUCAGCUGAGGGUUCAGAGACCUCGGCAAAGUCGUGGUUCCCUCCGCGAAGCAAGUUUUCUGCAAAACCGAUCAGAUCAGAGCACACAAGCACUGGAUUUAAGUGAUGAAGCUACAACACGACAGCAAACAAGUUUUGGAAAUGAGAAAAGGACCAGUAGUGGUUUGGUGACAAUAAAGGUCUCCAAGGUUAAAUGGCCAAAACACACAUCACCUAAAUGGUCAGUGAAAAAGAAGAAAACCAGGAAGAGGAAAAAGGAGAAGAGGUUUCCUAAGUGGCUGGUGGACCUGAUGAUCAACAUUGAAGAGGCAACCACUCACCAGCUGGUAGUCGAGUAACGCUCACAAAAAAAAGUAUCCAAGUUAAAAUAAUAUGGCAUGCUAACAAGCUUUGACCGCAUGAUGAUGAGAAACAUAUGUUCUAUUUGAAUCAAACAAUAUGUUGUUCUUGUAUAGUUUUAUCGCUCUUUUUUUUCUCGAUUACCUCUUUGGCGUGUGUAUUUCAUUAUCUACUUUAUUAAAACGUACACAGCACAGAUGUGAUAACUGUCUCAUGAUGUACAAAGAACAAAAUAAAUACCAAAGUAAUAUUUAUAUGUGCACACAUCACAUUUGAGAAACUGUCGCUCCUCAUGCACACCCAAUUUUCUCAAAGAGUCUCUGUUCAUGUGGUAGAAUUUCAAUUUUUCCAUUUUUUAUUUACUAAAGGGAAAAACUCAAACAGAUGUAAAAAAACUGACAAAUAAACAUCCUGCAUUAAAAUGUUUAUUCAAGUGCAAGUACUUCAUCUUUGUCCAAGAUGAAUUAUUUUCUUUUAUCAAAAGUCAAGAUAAUUAGAGAAAUGCCAUUACUGUAUGUUUACUCAUCUGAUAAGCAGUGCUUAAAUAUAUUUGUUUUUCUAAAUACAGUAAACCUAAACCCUA